UAAAUGAAUUUCCCUUUAUAUGGUCCUUGAGUUAUUAUUUUUUUCAAGUGUGUACCUAUGUGCAGAGAAAAUACUAAUGCUCCUUUGACUCUCGAUAACGACUUGUUUAAGUUUUCUCUUUGCACAAUUCAAGCUCUUUUAUGGUCCUGAAUGUUAAUUUCUUAUGUUGAUAGUUUCCAUUCUUCUUCUCCAUAUGAUAUAGCAGGUAGAGAAUGGAUCAUCUUUUUGGUUAAAUGAAUAGUCAAACGAUUUUGCUUAUUCAUUGAUGUCAGGUUCUUUGUCGGCUAUGGGCUGGAGCUAUCUAGAAUAGUUCCUCUGAUCAUAUUCCAUCUCAAGAAGAAGUAUUUGUGCAAAACUGAAGCUGAGAUAAAGGAGGCUUGGGCUCCUGGCGAUCUAGGCUAUGCAACCCGAUUUCCUAGUGAUAUGCUGAUUAUGACAAUUGUCCUAUGCUAUUCCGUCAUAGCGCCAAUAAUUAUUCCGUUUGGUGCAGUAUACUUCGGUCUAGGGUGGCUUCUUCUCCGCAAUCAGACACUCAAAGUGUAUGUUCCCUCAUUCGAGAGCUACGGAAGAAUGUGGCCCCAUAUUCAUACACGCAUGUUAGCUACCUUGAUUUUGUUUCAAGCUACCAUGUUAGGUUACUUCGGUGUUAAAGAGUUCAAACCUACUCCAGUUCUUUUUCCACUUCCAAUAUUCUCGUUGAUCUUCGGGUUCAUUUGUCAGAAGAAAUUCCGCCGUUUCUUUGUAUCUCCAGCCCUCGAGGUUGUUUCGCACGAACUAAAGGAAGUACCCAACAUGGAAGCUGUGUUCAGAUCUUUCAUUCCACCAAGCUUGAGCGCGGGCAAAACCGAUGAGCAUCAAUUUGAGGACGCGUUAUCUCAUGUGUCAAAACCAGGGUCUUCUUCAGUAUGAUAUGAACAUUUGCAAGGAUAGUUUGGUUAAUGUAGAUAGUUUGCACCUAGGAUUUUUGGUAGUCUUGCUGUGUUGAAUACUUCAUCUUGGAUAGUUGCUUUGUGUUCAUAGUUUGUUUGGGAUCUUAAUAGUGAAACAAAUUUCUGUUUAGAAAGUUGGAUUGUGUUUUUCUGUAACGAUAAUAGCAUGAAUUGCUUCAAUUUGCAAACACUUAGGGGGUCGUUUGGUGGAAUGUAUAAAGAUAUUGCAAAAUAUGAUCUAUUAUUAAUACUUGUAUUAGUAGUGCUUUUGUUA